UUCCGGCGGCCUGAGAUGGGCGCCCGGCCUUCGCGGCGGCGGCUGCCCGCGGACCAGCCCAUAGCCUUGGACGCGCUGCCCCCGGAGCUGCUCGUGCAGGUGCUGAGCCACGUGCCGCCGCGCGCAUUAGUGACGCGCUGCCGCGCAGUGUGCCGCGCCUGGCGCGACGUGGUGGACGGGCCCACCGUGUGGCUGCUGCAGCUAGCCCGCGACCGCAGCGCCGAGGGCCGCGCACUCUACGCCGUGGCCCAGCGUUGCCCGCCCAACAACGAGGACGAGGAGUUCCCGCUCUGCGCCCUGGCGCGUUACUGCCUGCGCGCACCCCUCGGCCGCAACCUUAUCUUCAACUCCUGCGGAGAGCAGGGCUUCAGAGGCUGGGAGGUGGAGCACGGCGGGAAUGGCUGGGCCGUGGAAAAGAACCUAACACUGGUGCCGGGGGCUCCUUCCCAGACCUGCUUCGUGACUUCUUUCCAAUGGUGCUUCAAGAGGCAGCUUGUGGACUUGGUGAUGGAGGGGGUGUGGCAGGAGCUGCUGGACAGCGCCCAGAUUGAGAUCUGUGUGGCCGACUGGUGGGGUGCCCGCGAGAACUGUGGCUGCAUCUACCGGCUCCGGGUCCGCCUCCUGGACGUGUACGAACACGAAGUGGUCAAGUUCUCGGCCUCCCCCAACCCGGUCCUUCAGUGGACUGAGAGAGGCUGCCGACAGGUGUCUCACGUCUUCACCAACUUUGGCAAGGGCAUCCGAUACGUGUCUUUCGAGCAGUAUGGGAGGGACACGCGUUCCUGGGUAGGGCACUACGGCGCCCUCGUGACCCACUCCAGUGUGAGGGUCAGGGUCCGCCUGUCCUAGCCGACCAGCCUGAGCCAGCCUUCCAGAGUGUACUGCCAUCUGCCAGACAUCAUCAAAGACGGCUUUGCAGUCGGGAGCCGGAUGCCUGUGGACAGUGAGGGUCCCAUGUGGCCCAUUCCUGGCACACCUCCAGUGAACCCCACUUGCUGCUGCUUCAGCAUGGAAUCACACAUGCUGUGCAAGAAACCAGGGAUCUAGGGCGCCUGGGUGGCUCAGUAGGUUGAGUGUCUGCCUCUUGAUCUCAGCUCAAGACGUGACCUCGUGGUUUGUGAGAUCGAGCCCCGUGUCGGGUUCCGCGCGGACAGUGCAGAGCCUGCUUGGGAUUCUCUCUCCGUCUCUCUGCCCUCCCCUCGCUCAUGCUCUCUCUCUCAAAAUAAAUAAAAAAGAAAGAAACAAAAAGAA